UUUCAGAUUUGCUUGUACUUUAUAGCCACACAUAUAUGUCAAGACAAGACGGAAGAAGAUACGGUCAUGUAACCCAAAACAAGAACAGAAAAGGGAAGCAAAUGUUUCAGCCUCAACAAUCACAAAAAGGAAAACAUGCAACAUGUGACACCAAUACAUCUUGAUGCCAAGACAUUUCGAUGUAUAUCCAUCAACAGUUUAAAUAUCAGGCAAUUGCUACCAUCAUGCUCUUAGAUGCCCACUUUUUGAUCAUUCCAAAUGUCACCUAAUAGACGUCCCUCUCGUUCAAUCUCUGACGUGACAAAAUUCGAUUGUCAAUGUGGACAUGAUGAUUGCGAAAUCAUUCUAAGCAGAAAGGUAAAAGCAUUAGCCAGAAGAAAGGAGAGCUUAUUACCAUCUCUACAAGAAGAUGGUUUAACACGAAAAAGCAUCUCCAAAUCUCCUUUACCAGCUUUGUUUCGCAAAUUGUCUCUAGUUCCGGACAAUGAGGUCAAUCAAGCUAAACAAUACGGUAAAGUGAAAAAGAUCUUCUUCUCUCCACAUCCCGACGACGUAGCAUAUAGCUGCUUUGGACUGGCCAGUGGAAAAGAGCUCAAGUCAACUUUUUCAGGAAGCAGUCGUCAAAGCAGUAAUUCCUCAAACACGUACAGCAGCGCAGGAAGCUUUGCAACUGAUUCAACUCUCGACAGUAACGACAUUGAACAAAGCACUCUAUUCUCUGCAUUAGAUGAAAAGACUGCACCCAUUCAAGCUUCACCGCCGUUCAAUCCAGAUACGUGGAUCGUAACAAUCUUUAGCAAAAGUCGUUGUGCAAAUGGAUCCAUCGGACAAUCUUUGGGUCACUGCGUUAAUGCAACCACGAUUCGUCGUCAAAGAGAAGAUGAAGAAUUCGCUCAAUCAAUAGGUGCAAAAUUGAUCUCAUUGGGUUUACGUGACACGAGCGCAAGGGAUGAAGGUAGCCGACAUCCAGAGCUACUAGCAAACACCAGGAAUUCAUUAUCCAGCCUUACCGUCAAUCAUCCUAAAUUUGAAAUGAUGAGAGAGCGUGUUAGACCGUUUGUGGAAUGGGCAAUCGAAUGUAAAGCAGAUAUUCACAUUCCCGUCGCAGUAGGAUGUCAUAUCGAUCAUUGGAUGGUACGUGUUGCCAUUUUAUCCAUUCUUUAUCAAAUCGAACAACAGAAGAGAUGGGUGGAAUGGUCAGGAACACAUUUUGAACGUACGAUCGAUCGAAAUGAAGCGGAUGCUGAAGUACAAAAGCAAGAUCUCCUAAGAAGAUUUUCUAUAUCUCACCGACCCCAACCUGCCCAACUUACCCGGUUUGGCUCUCAAUUAAUCUUUUAUGAAGAUUUACCGUAUGCAUUCCUUGGCACGGAUGAUCUAGUCCAAAGGACGGUAACACAAUUCUUACCUAGUCAAGUUCGAACUGCGCUCAUUCCGAUGACUGAAGCGGAUUGGAAACGUAAAAAGGCUGCAGUUGAAGGAUAUGCCUCGCAAAUGAAACCGACAUUAUUGAGCAUGUUGCACGAUCAUGCUAUGCUUUUAGCUAAACGGGCAUCAGCAUUAGAUCCAUCAUGGGAGAACGAAAGGUCGUCUGAAUGGACAAAAGCUGAACGAUGUUGGAUCUUAGACGAUGUAUGCGGUCUUACAGGCACACUUUUGACCUCUGUCGCUUCCAAAACGGUUGAAGAGGAAACGCAUAGUAAACCUAUUCACAAUGAUUAUCAAUCGGCAAACAAAGUGGUUGAUCAAUCACCUAUUGCAAAGAUUAAAUUUUUAUCACCAUUUGAUACCACCGCCGCCGCUCAUAGUACAAAAUCCAGAAGGAACGAUUUACACAUCUUAUCGCCAUCUUCUAGAACGAUUGGAUUGGAUCAAAUCUCCGAUGAUUCUGGCUCUUUUUCACUUUCACCAACGCAAAAUAUCAUUAGACCUAUUAAAGCUCUUCAACGGGUAGCCACUUGUCCUGCCCCGGAAUCGUUCCCGAUCUCUAAUUACAGACGUUAAGGGGUAUAUAUAUAUAGAUGAUGUAUUAUAAAUAGCAAUUUGAACCCUAAUUCACAC